AUUCGCUUUGCCUCCCAGGAACCAGGCGCUGGUCGAUCAUGGAAUCGCCUCUCGAUGUUUCCCCCCUUAUUUGAAGCUCUCCGAUUCCGCCUCAGCAGUCAAUGAUCGUUGGGACCUAUAAAUAUUCUCGAAUCCAUCCUCCUAAGUGAUUACUAGCAUUCCGUUUCCCCGCCGAGACAAUGCCAUCCGACAAGUCUCCGGUCGGCGAGUCCGCCCCGGAUCUCGAAAUCGUGGGCAACAAAGUCACCAUCCACCCAAGCGGAGUUAUUGGAGGGCCGGAACCUCAAGAUGAACAGAUUACCGAGCGCAACCUCGUCCGCCAUAUGGCGCGAUUUCGGGAGAACCCUUUCGACUUCCUGCGGGAAGUGAGCCUCUAUAUGUCGGGAACCGGGUGGCGCGCCUACGACGAUGUGAUCGGACAACCGAUAUUUUACUCAGGGUUUGGGGACCGGAUGAAGUCUCGAAUCCUAGCGAGUCCUCUUCUACAAGGGAAAGUGAAAGAGCUUGCGGAGGCGCGGUUGGCAGUGGAAGAGAAGGAUGGGCUGUUAGAUGUGAACCCUGGCCCCUUGGUGGAGAAGAGAAUACAUCGCCGGAACGAGAUAGAGCAUAAUCUCAAGGAAGUGGUGGAUUCGAUGCUAGACAACAUGAUUUGCAAGAUGGAGAGUAAGAGGUUUAUUAGAGGGGCAUAUUAUCUGUGCACUCAGCUCCUGACGCGCGCUUAUCACCAAGGAAUCCACGUAUCGAGUGAAGAAGUCCUCCGGUUAAGAUCCUUUGCGGAAGAUGCAGCUGCUAAGAAGCAAUCUAUUGUCUUCUUGCCCUGUCACAAGUCUCAUGUCGACUAUGUGUCGCUACAGCUUAUCUGCUAUCGUCUUGGAAUCGGGCUUCCGGUAGUUGUGGCCGGGGAGAACCUGAAUAUCCCGAUGCUCGGGCCUUUUCUACAGCAUGCAGGUGCCAUGUGGAUUCGAAGGAGCUUCGGAAACGACCCGCUAUACAAUACUGUCGUACAAGCUUAUAUUGAUACGCUCCUACAGCAAGGGUUCAACUUUGAAUGCUUCAUCGAGGGUGGUCGCUCCAGAACCGGAAAGCUGCUGUCGCCCAAGUUUGGUAUUCUCAGCUUCAUCCUCGACAGUGUGCUUUCCGGGCGCGUAGAGGACACCAUCAUAUGCCCUGUCAGCACACAAUACGACAAGGUCAUUGAAACUGAAUCCUACAUAAGCGAGCUUCUUGGUCAGCCGAAGAGGAAGGAAAACCUGGCUGAUUUCCUAUCGUCUUCUUCCGUGCUCUCCUUGAAGCUCGGUCGGGUGGAUGUCCGGUUCCACGAGCCAUGGAGCUUGAGAGAGUUCAUCGCCCAGCAAUUAAGUCGCAUGCCUGAGCAGAUCAUCACCAAUGGUGGACCGAAACUGAGUUACGCCGACAGAGGUCGGGUGCUACGGUCAUUGGGAUACAGGGUUUUGUCAGAUAUCAACGACGUGUCUGUGAUGAUGCCGACGGCACUUGUUGGUACGGUGCUUCUGACUCUUCGCGGACGAGGCGUCGGGAAAGGCGAAUUGGUCCGACGUGUCGAAUGGCUGUGUGAGCGUGUUCGAGCGAAAGGCGGACGGGUCGCUCACUUCUACCGCUACCCAACGGACGUCGUCGUUUACCGUGCCCUUGAAGUGUUGGGCCCGCAGAUCGUGGGCGAGGUGGACGGACUAGUUGAGCCGACUUUCCUCGCCGUGGAUCGCUUCCAACUUUCGUUCUAUCGCAACAUGACAAUCCACCUGUUCAUCACCGAAGCGUUGGUGUCUGCAGCAAUGUACACGAGAAUCAAGCAAGGCGGCGGGCCGUCUUACCAGCGCAUGUCCUAUCCAGAUCUCGUGAACCAAGUUUCAUUCCUUUCUCAGCUUUUCCGUGGUGAAUUCAUCUUUCCCCCAGAGGGCUUAACGACCAACCUAGAAAAGACGCUUCGGGGACUCGAGAAAGAUGAUGUGAUUACAGUUAGUCGAGACACCACCGGGCCCCCGCUCUUUGUCGAGCUCAGCGACGCAGAACGACAGUGUGGUCGCGAGAACUACGAUUUUUACUGUUUCUUGAUCUGGCCAUUCAUUGAAGCCUCAUGGCUCGGCUCAGUAUCCCUUCUGGGACUUACUCCGCCCCUGAACGGCGCAGAAGACGUCUGGAUCGAUCUUAACAAGGCACAAGACAGUGCCCAACUGCUCGGAAAAACUCUCUACCACCAAGGAGACCUCUCCUACUUCGAGGCCGUCAAUAAAGAAACGCUCAAAAACUCCUACCAACGCUUCGCGGAGGAAGGCAUCAUUCAAGUCGCGAAAAGCAAGGAAUCAAAAGCCACUACCAUGAAAUUGGCCGCCGAAUGGACGCCUGAGCGGGAUCCAAUUACUGGAAAACUGGUUCCUCGCGGUCGUCUCUGGAAUUUUACCGAACUGAUCGCGCAGUCCAGACGUGAGGGAAAAAACCGCCGCGACGGCGCAACCGUCUCGUCGCGAGUUCUACACAUGUCGGAUGUUGUCGGCAGGAAAUUAUUCGAAGACGCAUCGAGUCGCAGUCCAGCUGAGGAAGUGGAUGUCUCGAUCCGGCAAAUGCGGCGGAAGGCGAUUACGCCGAGUUCGAAGCUGUGAAACGUAAGUGGUUUCUGGGCCCCAACAAGACACCUAUGGGCCUAUGGCGCAAUUGGUAGCGCGUACGACUCCAGAUCGUAAGGUUGUCCGAUCGAGCCGGGCUGGGCUCAUACCCUCUUUUUUGAUCUUUUUUUUCCGAGUGCUAUUUUUGCAGUCGGGGUUAAUGAAGUGAAGUGAAGCGUAGCAUUAAAUACCCUUUGUAUUGUAGUUUAUUUGUCCAUAUCGUCGGUUUAUAUUGCAAUACUCAUA